UAAUAAAGUUUCUUUAUGGUAAUAAUUUGGUCAAUAAAACAAAAAGGCGGAAAAACAGAGCGAAGAAGUCAAGUUGUAUUUAAACAAAAUAGCCAAAGAGCACGAAUCCGAUAUUCUGUUGAAACUAGGGUUGGCCGUGUACGUGUAUUUAUUUAUUUAAAGGCCUUACCUCUCUUCUUCUUUUCUCAUAAAGCUGAGAGAGAACAAGAAGACAACAAACACUCAGAGAUGGAACAAACUUUCAUUAUGAUCAAGCCUGAUGGGGUCCAGAGAGGCCUGGUUGGUGAAAUCAUUAGCAGAUUUGAGAAGAAAGGCUUCUAUUUGAAAGGGUUGAAACUCAUCAAUGUGGAAAGAUCUUUUGCUGAGAAGCACUAUGCAGACUUGUCUGCAAAGCCUUUCUUUAAUGGGCUCGUAGAGUACAUUAUCUCUGGUCCAGUUAUUGCUAUGGUUUGGCAGGGUAAGAAUGUUGUUAUCACUGGUCGCAAGAUCAUUGGAGCCACAAACCCUGCUGAGUCUGCCCCUGGAACAAUCCGUGGUGACUUUGCAAUUGACAUUGGCAGGAAUGUGAUUCACGGAAGUGAUUCAGUUGAGAGUGCAAGGAAGGAAAUUGCCUUGUGGUUCCCCGAAUGCCCCUUUAACUGGCAGAGCUGCCUUCACCCCUGGAUCUAUGAGUAGAUUUUUUGGUCUAAGCAAUUACCCAUCAUGGCAUCAUCCCAAUCCCAUUUCCGUUUGCUUCUUGUUAUUGAAUUUUUUUUAUCAAGUUUUGACUUUGUUAUGGUCUGAUGAUGGCGUUCUUGCCUAUGGUACUGUUUAAGAUGUUUGUCUGAUGCCGGUAUUUUUAUGCACUCGUGGUGGUAUGUUAUUGUGAAUCAAGUGCUGAAACUUUGUAGCAUCUGGUUAUAUUGGUUUGUAUGAUUAGAAUUUCAGUAGGUACUGAUGUUUGAAUGCUGUGGGUAGUGGGUGAUCUUGAGGCUUUCCAUUAGUAUGUGGCAGUUCAUCUCAUGAUUUAUGCAACUCAUUUGUAUCAUUGAAGGAUGGGGGCUAAUUAAUUCAUCUACCAGAAACUGCAGGAUGAAUCAGAAUAAAUGUUGAGGUGAAUUGUCACAAGAGCUGCUUGGGCAAGGUAUUAGUAGCGGGCCAAUGGUAGACAAAUCACUCUCUUGUAUUGGCCCAUUUUCUAUGCUUCAGAAGGCUUUGAAUGGCUAUCCUUCUAAAUUUCAAUGGUUUCGCUUGCUUGACCUCGCAAAGCAGGCAGGCAGGCAGGCGAAUACAGAGUUUCCAUGGUAAAUUGUAAGGUUAAUUUGAAGGCACGCAUUGGUGGAAUUGAAACCAAUCAGGGAAUUCGUGCCAGAAUGAUACCAAGCAAGCGCGCUUUAAAUAAUUGAUUGAAU